AUAGAUUUUUGGGGUAAAAAAAAUGAGGUAAUCGCUGAAUGAUUUUCCGACGAAUAGGAAAUAAGGAUCGCAGGAAAGUGGAAUAAAACUACAUCACCGUCCCGUCCCUUCCACUGCCGCCAGCAAGCGGGGCCGUCCGUUGUCCCCCAUUCAAUCCAAUCUGCUUCUUUCAUUCAAUCUCCUCUCCUCCGCCGCUUCAUUACCACACAUCCGCCGCAGCAUAUUCCUCUAUUCCUUCGUCUGCGGCGUUUACACAACAACGCCGGCCGCACACGGCUUUCCGAUUGAUUUAAUUCGGACGGAGGCCGUCGAAUCAAGGGAUUGGAUUGGCUGCGAUCCGAUGGGCGACUCCACGGAUUUGAACUACGAGGAGGAGGUUCAUAGAGUUUUGGAGCAAGCUCGGAAGUUGCAGGAAGAUGCGGCUUUAGCGAUAGCUGCUAUUGCUUCCAUGGAAGAGCCCCUCCGCCAGCGAGCCGCCUCUCUCGAUUCUCACAUCCGAAGACUAAGCAGCUCUAUCCGAUCUCAGAAAUUUGAUUCCAAACAAGCUGAAAAGUGGGGUGAGGAACUGAGCAGAGCUAGGGGUUCAUUGAUCGACGGAGAUGCGGCGACAUAUCUUCCAAGCAAAUCUCCUGGUCGUUUGCUGAGGAUGUUCCUCGGGCCAAUUAAUGUUCGUGCUAAUAGGAAGGAUGUUCAGCUGAAAGUGAAAGAGGAGUACAACAGUUUCAGAGAUCGGACAGCAUUUCUCUUUCUCGUAUUCCCAUUAUUGCUGCUUGGAUUGGGGUUUUGGGUUUGGAAUGGAUGCCUGCCUGCAUUGCCAGUCCAACUUUACCAGGCAUGGUUGCUUUUCCUCUAUACAUGUUUGGCUUUGCGGGAAAACAUUCUAAGAGUGAAUGGAAGUGAUAUUCGACCAUGGUGGGUAUAUCAUCAUUAUUUUGCUAUGGCUAUGGCACUUAUCAGUCUUACUUGGGAAAUAGAAAGGGGGCCCAAUUGUUCCCAGAAGCAGAGAGGAGUACAACUGUUCCUGGGAUGGGCAACUAUGCAAGGUUUUGCAAUGCUUCUACAGAAUAGAUAUCAGCGGCAAAGAUUGUACACACGUAUUGCCCUGGGAAAGGCCAGAAGAAUGGAUGUUGUUUGGGGAGAAACAGCUGGGGUCAAUGGGCAGUUGUUGCUUCUAUUCCCCAUUCUAUUUGUUAUGCAGGUGUUUGAAGCAUAUGUUGGGGUCUUGUUGCUCAAAACUGCUGCAAUGGGUGUUGUAUCUGAGUGGCAGGUUGUUACCUGUGGAGUCCUCCUAAUAGUGAUGGCGAUUGGGAAUUUCAUCAACACAAUGGAAACCCUUGUAACAAAAUCAAAGGUGAAAGCCAAGAUGAGGAGCAGCAAAAGCAAGCACGAUUUGAAUCCAGAAUUAGAUGGUAAGACUUUGUGAUUGGGGAUUUUGAUGCCAUCUAGUGAUUCCCCGCUACUAGUAAUUAUUUUACGAAUCUCUAGAGUCUAGACAAUGGCUUCUUUUUUUCAUCUGUAUAAAAAUACUCUUUAGACAUCAUUGUGUGCACUAGAAUGGUUUCUUGGAAUGGCACAUGUCCAUAUUUUGAGUGUUUCAACUAAUACCCCUACAUUUAUUUCUAGGAAGAAGUAUGGUCGUCAUUGAUUAUUAUUUUUUAGAAAUUUUUAAAACUAGAAGCAUGUGGUCAUAGUCAAGAACUGUCCAUGUAGUUCAAAACUAGGAGUGAUAUAUUUGAAACAGAAAUUGAUGAAGAAGAAAGACUUUGUGUAGGA